AUGCGAACUGAAAACGUGCGAUAUUUGGAACUCUUAAACAGAUUGAGAAAAGGACAGUCAACUAUUGAGGAUUAUAAACUUCUUUGUACACGGGUCAUCGGAACUCCAAAUCUUCAAGCAUCUUUACAACAGAAGUCAUGGAAAGAAGCUCCAAUACUCGUUUUUCGGAACGCACUUCGUACUCAAAUUAACAGUAGAGCCGUGCUGAAUAAAGCAAUGGAGAUGGCGGUUAGGCCGAUCGUUUGCCUUACUCAAAAUUACGUUAAAGGAACAAGGAUUGAAGAUUCACAAUUACGCAAAGCGAUUCUCGAACUACCUGACAGUAAAACGGAGCAUCUUCCAGGCUACUUACCUCUCGUUCCAGGUAUGCCCAUUUUACUAAAAGAAAACGUUGCGACUGAACUUGGACUCUGCAAUGGUACGCGUGGUAUAUUUCGUCAGCUUGUAUAUGAUGAAUUGAGUGACAACAUUCAAUUCGACAAAACAGUUUUUCCAAAGCAUACUAAGUUUAUAACACAACCAAAAUAUGCUUUGGAGCUUCUUCCAGAAACUCUGUCAAAAAUUGCCAAAGUGACAAAACGAACAACAAAAAUUUCGAUCAAGCGCAAUGCUCUUCCGUUAGUACCUGCCUAUAGCAUAACAACACACAAAAGUGAAGGUCAAACGCUUAACAAAAUUAUUGUUGAUCUCGUCACGCCUCCUGAUCCAGUUGAAGUCGCAUCAGUUUACGUUCCAUUAUCUCGUGUUAAACGCCUUGAUGACCUCCUGAUGGUGCGUUCUUUUGAAUUCUCAUCUCUAUAAGUGAAACCGUCAGCAGCACAAGUAGAGGAACUCGAUAGAUUAGACACGAUUGCAAAAAACACUCGAAAACGUUGUCCUUCAAUUCUUUAGAUAAUUUGUGUCUUACUACCGUUCUAAUGUAGUUAUAGUCUAUGAACAAUGACACAUUUAUUAUUUACAGCACAAUUCAUUGCUACCUGUUUUAAGCUUUGUUAUCUUCGCAAAAUGCGCGCUAAAAUCGAUCUCAUAUUGGAAAACAAAGUUUUCUGAGAUCAAUACGAACGGAUUUAAACUUCUGCAAAACAUAAUGCAUUGGAUGCAAACUCAACAGAACCCUUCACUCUAUCAGCGAUAUUUUGAACUCAGCAAUGAAUAUCUUCCAAACUAUUCUUCUGAUUCGGUGAAUGGAUAAGUUUUGACACAAAUUGUUUCUGAAACAAAGUGUCUUAUUCACGGCAGCAUAUAGUACAAAAUUUCAAAAACUGAUCACGGAUUUGAAUUCCUCGACCCGAAAAAUCUUGGGUCAAAUUUUGUUUCACUUAGUUUAAUGAAUGAACUCAGUUCACCUCCGGCGCUCUAAUGAACGAACGAACAUACAUACAUACAAACNAUUGGAUACUGCAAUCCAAAACUUACUAGACCACAGACGAUAACGGAAAAAGUCUUAUCCAAAAUUUAUUAUCAUAAUAUUAGUUGAAGUAUGAUCAAAUAGCAUAGAAAAAUAGAGCAUUCUUUUCUCUAUCAGGCUUAUAUAGAAAGAAAGAUUUUUAAAGCUUACUAUAUGGCUAAGUAACGCCGUGAUCAGAACUUUUGGUACACCCUAAGUAUAUAAAUAAUACAGCCAUUGAUGAUUUAAGUUUACGUAAAGCAAUUCUCGAACUACCAGAUAACACGACAGAGCACCUGCCUGGAUACUUACCACUUGUACCGGAAAUGCCCGUUUUACUCACGGAAAAUAUUGCGACUGAGCUAGGACUCUCCAAUGGUACACGCGGAAUAUUUCGUCAGCUUGUUUAUGAUGAAUGUUGUGAUGAUAUUCAUUUCGACGACACAGUUUUUCCAAAGCAUACUAAGUUUAUAACACUACCAAAAUACGCUUUGGUAGAGUUCUCGAGCUGCAAGCUUGAUUCUGUACUCAAUGAGCUUGAAACAAAAAUUAUUCCUAUCUCUAUUAGUGAGAAAAGAUUUCUCUUUCAUAUCAAAGAAUUUCUUAGCGAAACUAUUACAAAAGCUGCAAAGAUUGCCAAACGAACAACAAAAAUUUCAAUAAAGCGUAAAGCGCUGCCAUUAAUACCCGCCUACAGCAUAACAACGCAUAAAAGCCAAGGUCAAACUUUGAGAAAAAUUAUUGUUGAUCUUGUCACGCCUCCUGGCCCAGUUGAAGUCGCAUCGAUCUAUGUUCCAUUAUCACAUGUUAAACGGGUUGAUGAUCUUUUGAUCGUGCGACCUUUGGAAUUCUCAUCUCUACAAGUGAAACCAUCAGCAGCACAACUGCAGGAACUCAAAAGAUUAGACACAAUUGCAAAAAAAACUCAAAAAAGUUUUGCUUCAUUUCUUUAGACGAUUCAUUUUUUUUAUUAACGUUCUCAUUUCGUACUAAGCUAUGAACGAUGACACAUUUUUUAUUCACAGUAGUAUUUCUAACCGCUUCUAUCAAGUUUUGCUGUCUCACGUGUUAAUCAUAAUUGUAUAACUAAAUUAUCAAAAUAAAAGCUUCAUGAAUGCAAUAUCAGACAAAACAAAAGUCAGUUUUAGCAAUCAGCUCCGAAUUCUAGACUUACCUACGAGAUAUACAAGUGCUGGAACAGUAUCAUACUUCAGUAUAAAGUCACAUACAAAUCCAUAGCAAACAGCAAACUUCGUCUCAAAUCUGCGUAUCAAGAAAUUGGUUUCUCAGAUUGCGUUGGUCUGAGCUCCAGUUUCCACGAUAAAGCAUUGUCUUCAACGGGAACGAUCAGCGAAAUGCGAGCUAGAUUGAACGAAGCACUGCAAGACCUCAUAUUGGAAGAAAAAACGAAAGCAUUCCAGUGUUUUGAAAGCAUCAAAUGUCGCAUGCAAAUGCUACCGAAACCUUCACUCUAUGCACCAAUUCAGCGUUGUCAUCUCAGAUAAUUUGCAAAGUUCCAAAUGACUCCGCCGACUCUAUAAAGUUUCAGCGCAACUUGUUCGCGAAGGAGAAGGUCCUACAACCAAAAAAAACAAUACAAAGUGUUCACAAACAGUACCAGAUUCGAAUUCCUCAACCCCAGAAACCUUUGGUCAAACUUUAUAAAAAAACAAGUUUUUCGUAAAAAUAUGCCUUUUUACAAAAAAAUUCGAUAUGAAAUUUUUAAAAACUAAUUGCAGAUUUGAAUUCCUCGACCCCGAGAACCUUUGAUCAAACUUUAUAAAAGAAAACACUUUUUUUGCAAAAAAGCAUAUUUUUACGAAAAAUCCGAUAGGAAAUUUUUUAAAACUAAUACCAGAUUUGAAUUCCUCGACUCCAAAAACCUUUGGUCAAGCUUUAUCUUACGUGUUGAAAUGAAUCACCCUGGUGCUACUAUGACUGAACGAACAUACGAACAUACGAACGAACAUACGAACGAACGAACGAACAUACGAACGAACAUACGAACGAGCGAACGAACAUAUGAACGAACAUACGAACGAACGAAGAUAGCUCACUCAGCGUAUGACCCUCCUUUCAGUAGAGGGAAUAUCUUGUAUCGUAUGCAGAAGGGACGUUUGAAGCUUUGUUUUAUCAGGAUCAACGGUACUAAGCAGCUUACUCUUGCAUGUGAAGCCUUAAUAUUUUAUCUGUCCUGUACAACGGUGAGAAAAAACCAAGUGAAGACAUGAUAUAGCGCAUACUUUUAUCAAUCUACGAUUCACUUUCUAGAUUUCGCAAUAAUAUGUAAUCAUGAGUAAUUUAACUUAAACGGAUGAAUGCACAUAAGUCAUACUUAAAUAGUGAUGUUUGUAUAAGCAGCGUAAUUCUUUUAUCUGCUGUAUAGAACAACGUCGAUACAUUACAUUAUUAUUCUUGUCUUCAGCAAACAAGUGUCCACACGAAUACAGUGAGUAAGUGUAACUCUUUUGAAAUCGGAUUCUCUUCAGAAGGCAUUCUUCAUUAUCAUUAUCUAAUGUCCGCGCCAGAAUAAAAGAGGGGUGAAUGUAAGCUCAAUAACUCGACAACCGCAAUAUCUAGCUACCUGCAGUUUUCACCAAUCGAAAGAGGAGGAGCGGGCACGUCUUUUUCUUCGAUAAUGUAUAAGACGAAAUUCUUUUAAAACUAAUCAUAUUUGAAAAACAUACAAAACAACUCAUGAAAAUGACCU